AUGAACUUCCUGUUUCCUAAAUUACCAAGAGUAAGUGGUGAUACGGAUGAUGAUAUUUCAAUUCAUCUUUAUAAUAAGGUUGGACCUGCAAAACCAUUGUCAAAAUCAUCACAAUAUGAAGAAGAUAUCUUAAAAAUCUUAAAUGAAGAAGAAGAGAAGGAGAAUAUUGACUUUAAUUUAUAUUAUCGACAAUUUAAAGAAUCAGGAAAAGUAAUUGAGUUCGAUGUGAGUGACCUGGAAGAAGAUGAGGAAGAAGAAGAAGAAGAAGAAGAAGAAGAAGAAGUAGUAGAAGAACAACUAGAAGAUGAUAAACAAAAAGAUUCAAAUGAUAAGAAUGAAUUAAUAAAAAAUGAUAAACGCGUCUAUUCUGAUAAUAAAGCCAUAAUAUUCAUAUUAUUUUUAGUACUCAUUAUUAUAAAUAUCUUCAUUUGGUUUAAUCCAAUUGAAAUUGAAAAUCAAUUAAUACCAUCCACAACAGAUUCUAAUUCAUCAUCCAUUAAAUUGAUUAAUGAAAAAAUCAUAAAAUUAGAGUUAAAUAAUGAAGACAUUUCAAAUCGUCAAAAUAUUAUUGAAUUAAAUCAAGAAGUUAUAACGAAUAAUUUAAAUACAAAAUUUGAUUUUAUUCAUAAAAAAUUUAAAGAGAUUGAUUUAAAACUUGGAGAUAAUUUACCAAAGACAAUCUUCGAAGAUUUCAAUAAAUUAAAGGAUCAAAUUGAAUCAAUUUUUGAAAAUUCAGAUCCAAAUAAACUUGAAUCAAAAUUAAAUGAUGUCAGUUUAAAAUUGAAUGAACUUUCUAAAAUUAAUAAUGAUAUUGAAAGUAUUAAAAAUGAAUUAAUUGAUGAUAUCUUAAAGGUAUUACCAAAUAAAAUCCCCAUCUAUAUUAAAGAUAAAACUAUUCAUUUUAUUCCAGAAUUUCAUAAAUUUUUGUAUUCAUUUAUGGAUAAAUAUUUAAAUGAAAAGAAUUUAAACUUAAAUUCAGAAACAAAGUUAAAAUGGGAUGAAUUUUUAAAUGAAAAUGAAAAAAAUUUGAAUUCAUAUAUUGAUCAAGUAAUUAAGAAUUCCAAACUUGAUAUGUCAACAAUUUCAAAAGAUAAAUUAGAAAAAUAUAUUAAAAAUCAAUUGGAUUUAAAUAUGAAAAAUGUUUGGAAUAAAGUAAACGAAUUAAUUGAUCAACUUACAAUUAAUCAAGAUGAUACAACAAAUUCGAAAAUGUUUACCAAUACAACAAAUCAUAUUUUACUUGAUAAUCUUUUAGAGAUAUUUGCCAAGGGUUCAAUUAAAGUUAAUUACGCAGACUAUAAAUUAGGUUCAAGAAUACUUGGCUUUCUUACAAAGAGUAAUUAUAAUAACAAUAAUAAUACUAACAAUAAAUCAUUUUUCCAUAAGGCAAUUUUUGGUUGGUAUGAUUAUUUUAUUACCAAUUCUAAUGGGAGUGUUAAUAAUUGGAAAUUUAAUGCAAAUAAUGCAUUAAUUGAUGGAGGUGAUUAUUGGAAAUGUGAAUCAAAUGAAUGUUCAAUUGGAAUAAGAUUAUUUAAUCCAAUUAUUUUAACUGAUCUUAUUAUUAAAAACCCUCCAUCCAAGGAGAUAACCAAUCCAAAAGAAAUUUCAAUUUAUAUUAAACCAUUAAAUUAUAAUCAAAGAGAUUCAAUAUUAUCAAGAAUUUCAACUUUUAAAGAUGGAUUUAAACAAGAUCUAGACUCAGAUACUAAUAACAAGUAUUUGAAAAAAUUUAUUAAAAUAAAACAAAUGGAAUUAAAUCCUAAAAAUUCAAUGAAUAAUAUUAAGUUACCGGUUAGCUUAAUAAAUUUAAAAAUUCCUAUAAAGGAUAUUUAUAUUCAUGUUAAAAGUGAAGUUGGUACAAAAUGUGGAUUAUAUAAUAUUAAAGCUUAUGGAAUAAGUGAAUUCAAUUCAUACAAAUAUGAUAAUGAAUUUGAUUUAUUAGUGAGUAAAAUGUUUCAAGAUGAUAAUAAAGUUGAGAACAAUUCUGAAGCAUUUAAUAUUAAUGGAGGUUUCGAGACAGAAUUUGAAUUUGAUGAGGUUCUUGGAAAUGAUGAUGAAUUAAUCUUUUAA